CAGGGAGGCGCCUCGCUAUAAAACCUCCGCUGCACUUUUUCCUCGACCUCUGAUCAUUUCCAACUCUUCUCAGCCGACCACGUCUCAGCCUGCACGUCAAAACACACCUCAGCAGCAAUGCCUUCAGAACUGGAGACAGCCAUGGAGUCACUCAUCAAGGUGUUCCACCGUUACGCCACUCAGGAAGGCAAGACCCGCACACUCAACCGGAAAGAGCUCAGGGAGUUGAUGGAGAACGAGCUGUCUAACUUCCUCAAGUCCCAGAAGGACCCUGCUGCUGUAGACAGAAUCAUGAAGGACCUGGACACCAACAAUGAUGGCCAGGUGGACUUUGAGGAGUUUGUUUCUCUGGUUGUUGGACUUUCCAUUGCCUGUGAGCAGUGCUAUCAGGUGCACUUGAAGAAGAAGUAGACGGCAGAAGUAGAAGAGAAUAAACCAAAAAAAUUCAUUUCAAUUGCAUUUAAAGUUUUGUAAAAAGUAGUAAUAGUUUUGUCCAAUAAAUUCACUGAAGGAUUUCAA